GGAGUCUUUAUCCCGCCAUUCCUCCAAGGAACUCGGGGAGCUGUGGAUGAUUCUUCCCCCUUUCUGUCAUCACGACAGCCCCGUAAGGUGUUCCCCCUUCUUUGCCAUGGAAAGGGUGGUCUUCUGCCUACUGUUGACGAGCGCAGCCGUGAGGGCCCUGAUGUGUCCCACAAGGUGCCUGUGCCAGAGCCUGUCUCCAUCCGUCACCAUCCUCUGCACCAGGACGGGGCUUCUCUUUGUCCCUCCCACCAUUGACCGGCGAACAGCAGAGCUCCGGCUGAUGGACAACUUCAUCACCACACUCCGGCGGAAGGAUUUUGCCAACAUGACCCACCUGAUUCACUUGACGCUGUCCCGAAACACCAUUAGUCAGAUUAUGCCGUACGCAUUUUUUGAUCUUAAAGGCCUUCAUGCUUUGCACCUGGAUAGUAAUAGACUCACCUAUAUCAAUGAGGAUCACUUCAAAGGGUUAUCCAAUCUGCGACACUUGAUUCUCAGUAACAAUCAAUUGAACUAUAUUUCUCCUGGAUCUUUGGACGAUUUCAUCGAUGUGAUUGAGGAUCUAGAUCUAUCUUAUAAUAAUCUUGUUAACAUCCCUUGGGAAACGAUUGGAAGGCUUUCUAAUGCCAACACCAUCAGCUUGGAUCAUAACCUCAUAGAUUUUGUCCCUGAAGGAAUUUUCUCAAACCUUCAUAAGCUGGCUCGGUUGGACAUGACCUCCAACAAGUUAAAAAAGAUUCCCCCAGACCCUCUCUUUUCACGGAUCCCUGUCUACGCCAAGCCAAAGGGGUCCCCUUUGUCCUCUCUGGUGCUGGGUUUUGGUGGGAACCCCUUGCACUGCAACUGUGAGCUUGUGUGGCUGAGGCGCCUGACCAGGGAGGAUGACCUGGAAACUUGCGCCUCCCCACCAGAGCUGAUGGGUAAGUACUUCUGGUCCAUUAAAGAGGAGGAGUUUGUCUGUGAGCCCCCAAUGAUAACACACAGAACCCCAAAACAGGUUGUCAUGGAAGGCCAGAGUGUUUCUCUGAAGUGCAAAGCUGUUGGUGACCCAGAGCCAUACGUUCGCUGGAUUUCACCUGGUGGGAAGCUGGUCUCCAACACUUCCCGGACAAUAUCCUAUGAGAAUGGCACCCUGGAUAUUUUGGAGACGUCUGGAGAGGAAAAGGGCAUAUUUACUUGCAUAGCAUCUAAUGCUGCAGGAGAGUCCACGGCACCGGUUGAACUUGUGGUUGAUUCAUACCCUAACCUUGCAAACAGCACAAACUGUGACAAAGAAGCAGAGCCCAACCCCUCUGACAUCUUGACCUCGGCCAAGUCCGGCUUCCCCAAUGAAACCAAAUCUUUCUCCCCAGAGAGGAAGGUGGCUGUUGCUGAGCUGACGCCCUCCUCCGCUCUCAUCCAGUGGCCUUCCCAGCACCACAUCCCAGGGAUACGGAUGUUCCAGAUUCAGUACAAUAGCUCGGCUGAUGACAUCCUGGUCUACAGGAUGAUCCCGGCCACCAGCAAGUCCUUCUUCCUCACUGACCUGAUUCCUGGGCGUGACUACGAUCUUUGUGUCCUUGCUGUUUACGAGGAUGGCGUGACGUCUCUGACGGCAACCACGGUGGUCGGGUGUGCGCAGUUCACCACGGAGGAGGAAUACCGGCAGUGCAGGUCCCUCCACGCCCAGUUCCUGGGUGGAACGAUGAUCAUCAUCAUCGGAGGCAUCAUUGUGGCAUCGGUUCUCGUUUUCAUUUUCAUCCUCCUGAUGAAGUAUAAAGUUUACGCCAAUCAUCACAAAAAUAAAAACACUAAAGUGAGCAAUGUCUGCUCGCAGACCAAUGGCAGCCAGAGGGGCUCCGUGACUCAUUCCAGCUCCAAACUGGUGGAGGGGCACAUCAGUCUACAUCAGGAAUGCUCAGGAAUGCCUGUCAAGGGCAAAGCAGCGAGAGAUCGCGAGGGCGAAAGAGCAACUCCCACGGACACUGUUGCUCUACGGAACGAAGCAUUGUUUCAGUAG